AUGGUGGCCAUUCAGGACAACCAAGUGGUAUUCAAAAAGCAGUGGAAAUGGUCCACUCAAGAGCGAGCCUUGCACAUUAACGUGAAGGAACUCACUACUGCCUACAAUGCUCUCUCUACUCUUGUCUCCUUCGAGCUCGAUACCAAUAAGAAGUUCUCGAAGAUCAUCCUCUACGGCGACAAUCGUACAGCUAAUGCUGCCCUAGCUUCUGGUAAGGUCUCUACUUCUGGUAAGCAAUCUACUCUACUUCAACGAACUAUCGACCUUAUUCAUUACCUUAUGGGAAGACGCCAGUUUGAAAUUCACUAUGUGGCCUCUGCCGAGAAUCCUGCUGAUGCCGGCACAAGGUGUGACCUCUACAGCGAUUUGGUUGAAUAUCGUGAUUCUAUCGACGGCGUGAGUCUUGAAGCUCUGUCUGACGAUGAUACCUCAGAUAUGAACACUGUUCAUGUUGCUAGAAUUAUACGUAAGCGUGGUGACGAGGACGAAGACACCAACGAGAUCG